AAUAUGCUUCCAUGCAAUCUUUAGGUUGUAGAAUCUUGUGCAUAGAUUUAAAACUAUAAACGCAUCAUGUCUUCUACAAGCCAGAAGCAUCAGGAUUUUGUUGGGGAGCCAAUGGGAGAAAAGGGAAUUGAAACUGUUGCCGGAAUUGGGAAAGUUCUUGGCAAAAAGCUAUCUGAUAAAGGAUAUGACAAGGCAUACGUCUUACUUGGUCAAUUCCUUUUGUUGAAAAAAAGUGACGAGCUUUUUCUUGAUUGGUUUAAAGAUACAUGUGGUGCAAACAAAAAGCAAGCUAACGAUGCCUAUCAGUGUUUAAAAGAUUGGUGUGAUGCCAAUUUAUAAGGACAAUGUAUUUCAACUGCAAUUUGCUAUUUCUGAUUGGCAACAUUGGAUGGGUGUAACUCACUUGGUAUUUGCUGGUUUUAAACGAUCGUUGUAAAUAAUUUACUGACUAUUUUUCUUUCUUUUAGUAAAAUUUAAACUAUUUUCAAUAAAGAUUUUAAAACAAAUUGUGUUCAAAAUAUGGGUUAGCAAAAUGUUUCAUUUCUAAUAUGUUUAAAUAUUUGUAAAUAUUUUGUUCUUCUGGAAUAUUUUCUAUUUCUCAUUGCAAACAUUGUUUUAAGCACUACUUUAAAGACUAAACUUAAACAUUCAGACAAAACUGUAGCAGCAUUAAAGUUAAACAACGAAUAUGUCUUGGUUUAUUUGGCAUCAAAUAAUUGCAAUACUACGUAAUGCUAAUCUCAGAAAUCGUGAUGCAAUCAUUGUAUAUUGUAAACUAUAGAAAUAAAAUAUGUUUGUUGGCA